AUGGCCAUCGAUUUCACAGAGGGCGACGCCUCAGUUGCGCGUAAACCAUUGUUCGUCGCACAGCCCCCAUUGGGCAAAGAUGGCAGACCGAUCAUCCAAAAGGUACUGAUCGCCAAUCGGGGCGAGAUUGCCUGUCGCAUCAUUCAGACCUGUCGCAAAUUGAACAUCGAAUCUGUGGCAAUUUAUGUAGAGGAAGAUGCGUCCUCUCGCCAUGUCCAAGAUGCAGAUGAAGCCAUCAACAUUGGAAGCAUUGAUCGCAGCGCCCGCAACCCAUUCCUGGAUAUCGAACUCCUGGUGCAAACAGCUAUCUCAACUCGCGCGCAAGCAAUUCACCCGGGAUAUGGGUACUUGAGCGAAAAUGCCGAAUUCGCCAAGCGAGUCCAUGAAGCAGGUCUCAUCUUCAUCGGACCUAGUCCCAGCGCUAUGUCAACACUCGGUGAUAAACGAUCCUCGAAAGCAUACUUGCGAUCACAUGCGCCCGACGUGCCUCUCAUCCCUGGAUUCUCGGGAUCGAGCCAAGAUGCCGAAGCUUUGAGUAAAGUGGCUGCCGAAAUUGGAUUCCCGGUCAUGCUCAAGGCAUCGGCUGGUGGUGGCGGAAAGGGGAUGCGGAUUGUUCGCGAGGCUAGCCAGCUCAAGGAUGAGCUGGAGCGGGCUCAGUCUGAAGCUCGUCGGUCGUUUGGUUCGGAUGAUUGCAUUCUAGAGAAGUUUAUCGAGAGUAGCAAGCAUGUCGAGAUUCAGAUCAUGGGCGACUCGACUGGCCAUGUGGUUUCUUUUUUGGAUCGGGAUUGCUCGGUGCAACGAAGACAUCAGAAAGUCAUCGAAGAGACGCCUUGUCCAUUCCUCACAGAAGAGACUCGACAGAAGAUGAGUGCGACUGCAGUUCGUGUUGCAGAGUUGAUUGGGUAUGAGAAUGCCGGGACGGUUGAAUUCGUCGUUGAUAUCAAGACGCAUCAGUUCUACUUUCUGGAAGUCAACGCUAGGCUGCAGGUUGAACAUCCUAUCACUGAAGAGGUUACUGGAGUCGAUUUAGUCUCUCUGCAGCUUUUCGUUGCGGCCGGAGGCAGUCUGAAGACUCUUCCUCUGCAGAACAUCACUCAACGUGGACAUGCGAUUGAGUGUCGGUUGUGUGCUGAAAAUCCCGAGAAAGACUUCUUCCCAGAGCAUGGCAAGGUCCAUCUCUGGCUGCCAGCAAGUGGCACUUUAGCACCGAGUCGAGAUAUUCGCUAUGAAACGGCCAUCAAAACUGGAUCAUCAGUAUCCAUCUACUUCGAUUCCAUGAUCGCCAAGCUAGUCGUCUGGGCCCCGACACGAGCACUCGCAAUCGAGAAAAUGACCAAAGUCCUUGCGCAAACUGCCUGCAUGGGCGUGAAGACCAAUCAGCUAUUCAUGCAAUCUUGUCUUCUGAACCCGGCGUUCCGUGACCCUGCAUACACCACGGCCUUCAUCCCGUCUCAUCUGAACGAGCUCCUCCGAGCCCCUGCAGUGCCGGGACUGCCUGAAUACGAAAAGAUCGCGGCUAUCAUUCCAAGCUUGGUGAUCCGUCAACUCCCAGACUUUUCAACAGCAUUGUCACGCCCAAAGCCACUUCGAAAUGUCCGCAUGCAGUUUCGCAAUCAAAGAUUCGACCCAGUCAAUAUUCACUGUGACGUCGUAACAACAACCAGCUGGCCUAACAACUCAGCCGAUGAGCUAGACCCCAGACCGGAACAACAAAUCAUGUGUAUUUGGAAACCAAAGACAGCAGGGAUAUCAUCCACCGAGGAAGUCAAUCUCUUCCCAGUUCCCAACAAGGAAACCCCCGACAACCUCGAAAUGUCAGCGGCAGCCGAGAUCUCCGCCCAGUACAACGAAAUCAGUCAAGCAUUGCGAAGCGGCAAAGCGACUUCUACCGAUAGCCACAAGGUGCAGAUCAUUUCAUGGCGACCCGCAGAAGGCAAUCCCGCCCUGCCGGAAUCCUGGCUAGCAUCGACGAUCGAAAUCUCAGUGGAUGGAUCGAAGCUCACCGCUAAUGUAGCUAUCCCGUCCACACGGGCGCAUACAUUAGCGGGCCAAGUGGAUUGUGGUCAACGGAUCUACUGUCAUCUCCCUGCUCUCGGCACGCAUGUUGAGUUCCGACGCGACACCUUGCUUUCGUUCGCGGAGAGUAAUCGGUCGGCGAGGGCGAGUAAGGGUUCUGAGCAGAAGACUGUAGCAGCACCUAUGCCUUGUAAAGUUCUUUCGGUUUUGAGGAAGAAUGGAGAUGAAGUGAAAUCGGGGGACUCGGUGAUGGUUAUUGAAAGUAUGAAGAUGGAGGUCAACAUUUCUGUUGCGGCCUCGGGGAAGUUCCAGACAGAUUGGAAGGUGGGCGACGCGGUGGAAGAAGGCAAGGUACUUUGUUCGAUUGUUUAA